UCGUAGAAGACCGCCGGGCUAAGAGGCUUGGCUCGUGACAAUUGACUGAUAUUUCUCCGUCUCCGUCUUGUGUGAUUAGGGCCCGGGGAGCAUGCGCCUGUGCAAGUCAUCAGACUCUGACCGACACGAACGGCCUUGUGGACAUAGUCUCGGUCCGGUUUGCUUUCACACAAAUAUUUUCAGGAUUCUCGGAAAACCAGUUUGGCAACGCGGAUUAUGAGGCGAAUAUGGUUGGCUUAAAAAGAACCUGGAGUUUCGUCUUUGUACUACAUCUAUUCUUCGACAAUGCGCUUGCUUUCUGUUGUCUCGCUGUUAUGCGCCACAGGCAGUGCUCUUGCACAAACAAUUUAUCUUGCUGGGGAUUCCACCAUGGCCAAAAAUGGUGGCGGUUCCGGAACGGGAACAGAUGGUUGGGGUCAAUAUCUUAGUCAGUUUGUCACACUCUCUGUGGUCAACAAAGCCGUAGGUGGCCAAAGUGCCCGAACGUAUAGCGAACAGGGCCUCUUCGAUUCUCUUGUUGAUGAAGUGGAGAGCGGAGACUAUGUUAUCAUCGAGUUCGGUCAUAACGAUGGGUCAGCUGGAUCUGUUGACAAUGGAAAACAGGACGCCGUCGGCGAUGGCUACAACAUCACAGCGACUGUUACAACGUCAAACGGCACACAGAUUCUCAUCCACAGUUUUGCGUACUAUAUCGAAAAUGCUGUGGACGCGAUCCAGGCCAAGGGGGGAAUUCCUAUCAUCUCCUCUGUGACCCCGGACAAUAUUUGGGACGGUGACUCGAUUGCCGCUGGCGGACGAUUUGUUACCUACGCCCAAAGUAUUGGCACACGGAAAGGCAUCACUUACGUGGAUCACUACGACUAUGUGGCGCAAGCGUACAACGCUCUCGGAGAAACUGAAGUCACGACGUACUACCCCAAUGACCACUUGCACACAAGUCCCGAGGGCGCGUUAGUUGUGGCGGAAGCGUUUGUAAGAGGUCUGCUUUGCGGCGAUAGUUCCUUGACCGAUAGUGUCAACUCCGCCGGAGAGAAUGUCCCGAAUGGUUGUCUUUAAAAAUACACUCUAAGCGAUUUUGGCCUUGAAAUCUAUUCUUGUUCGGCUGUUCCUCGUUCACGAGAUCAUUAAGGAUUCCUUGAAUGACCUAUGAUUUCUGAUCUCCAAAGCUUCCCGUACAUUUAAUGCGUGAAGCGGGCCGCAACUUACCGCCAACUGAUCCGCCGAAGAUCACAAGCCUCAACUUCGAUCGGUAAAGCAUGCGCUACUGUGCUC